AUGACGAAAAAUAAAAAAGGAAAAAAUAAAGAAGUUAUAAAUAACUAUGAAGAAGAAGAAGAUUAUAAUAUCAUAGAUCAUGAUGAAAAUGCCGAAGUGGAUGUAAUUCCUGAACCCGAUUUUAAUUCAAAUAUGGUUUAUUUAAAUAUAUACGAUUUAGAUUCCGUUUCUAAAGUUGUUAAUACUGUCGCUAGAUCAGUAGGAGCCGGUGCUUUUCAUGCUGGUGUAGAAGUAUAUGGAUAUGAAUAUUCGUUUGGUUACAUAAUGGAUGGUGAAACAGGCGUAACUAAGACAAA